AAGGCCUUAUUCUGAAUUCUGCUUUUGGGCUUGACUACAAUCACCAGUUCACUGCAUCUACGACCAUCCCUUAAUUUCUACAAGCUUCUCCCUUCCGCUCUGUCUCCCGAGUCUGCACUUCACCCUUCUUCCUCAUUCAUCCUCAGGAAUGGCUUUUUCAAAUAGAAUUGGGAAUGCGCUCAAACAGGCACUAAGUAAGCGCAUUAUUCCAGAUUUGUCUCUCUCAAAUUCAUCCAUGUACCAGGCAUUUAGAAGCAUGUCAUCUUCAAAGCUUUUUGUUGGAGGCCUCUCAUAUGGAACUGAUGAAACUAGUUUGAAGGAAGCAUUUAACCAGUAUGGUGAUUUGGUUGAUGUGCGGAUUAUUAUGGAUCGUGAAACUGGAAGAUCCAGAGGCUUUGGAUUUGUGUCUUUUACCUCAACAGAAAGUGCUACCGCAGCCAUGCAGAACUUGGAUGGACAGGAUCUUCAUGGCCGACGGAUCAAGGUGAACUAUGCAACCGAGAAGCCUCGCGGUGGCUUUGGUGGUGGAGGGGAUGGAUAUUCCGGUGGUGGUGGUAACUACAACAGUGGAUAUUCCGGUGGUGGUGGUAACUACAUCAGUGGAUAUUCCAGCGGCGGUGGUAACUACAACAGUGGAUAUUCCAGCGGCGGUGGUAACUACAACAGUGGAUAUCCAAGUGGAGGAAAUUACAAUAGUGGAUAUACUGGAGCUGAUAACAACAGUGGAUAUUCCAGCGGAGGCGGUAACUACAACAGUGGAGGUGGUGGUGGCUAUAACAGCAAUUAUGCUGCUACUCAGGAGACAAACUUCAAUGAUAAGAAUGAGAAUUUUACGGCCUCUAGUGGCAACUUCAACAGUGGAUUUGCCGAUGAUGGAAAUUAUUCCACCAACACCGGACUUGAGGAGGCAGGAGGUUACAAUGUAGGCCAGCAACAGAUGAACAUAAAACAAGAGGGAGCUGAGUUUGUGAAAGAUGAUUUACAACAUAGCAGUAGUUUGGAUGAUGGGAAUUACAGGGAUGAUGAUGAUGAUGCAGAUGGUUUUGCCAACAGAAGGGGAUAAAUUUGUUGAGGAUGUCUAGGAACAUAGCUUAAUAAUUAUAAGUAUGUUCUUUUUUAGCACUGCCAUUCACAUUUCAUUGUGUUUGUUGUCAAUUUGUUAUGUUUUGUAUGUGGUAUCGUCUCUGACUUCUCCUUGUGAGCUUUACUGACAUUUCUUGUUUGGUGACCUUUUAUUAGUUAUUAUUAUGAUUAUUAAGGUUUUGGGUUAGUCUAUACACCUUUGUCAUUUUUCUCACACACUUGAUUAUUU